AUGCCAGGAGGAGAAUUUGGACCAAUCAAAGUACGUACCCCCUUCUCCCUUCAAUACCUAAGACAGAUAAAAACAGACUUAGGGAGAUUUUCAGAGGACCCAGAUAAAUAUAUUGAGGUAUUUCAAAACCUAUGCCAGGUGUUUGACUUCACCUGGAAAGAUAUUAUGUUAUUACUCAACCAGACUUUAACUUCCAAUGAGAAGGAAGCCGCCCUAAGAGCAGCUGAACAGUUUGGAGAUGACCUGUACCUUGCUCAUGCCCCAGCGGCACAGACUAGGAGCAAACCCAAUUAUCCAUCUGGAGCACAGGCAGUUCCCAGAAACGAUCCUGACUGGGACCCAAAUGAUGAACAGGAUGCUUGGAAGAUGAGACAUUUCCAAAUGUUGGUCCUUGAGUCCCUCAGGAGAAUCAAGCAAAAGCCCAUUAACUAUUCGAAAAUUUUAGUAAUUAUUCAGGGCCCCCAGGAAAGCCCUGCUAUUUUCAUGGAGAAACUCAGGGAGGCAAUGAGAAAACACACUGUGGAUCCUGAGUCCACAGAGGGCCAACUACUUUUAAAGGUCAAAUUUAUCACUCAGUCGGCCCCAGACAUUCAGAGGAAGUUACAAAAAUGGGCAUAUGGCCCUGAUCAAUCUUUAGAUGACAUCCUCCGACUUGCUACUUCCAUUUUUUAUAAUAGAGACUUAGAGAAAAAGAAGGAGAAAAUGCGCAGAGACAGAAAAAGGACCGAAGCGCUGGUAUCCUCUCUUAGAGGAGUCAGCUCCCAGGGUGAAAGGGGAGGCAGAUGA